CACGCAUGCGCAAAAUUGAAUACAGUGGCGGGGAAUCAAGACGACAACAAACUUUCAUUAGCCAUUCAACCGCUGCAUUUCACUGUUUACUGUUUUUAAAAUCUGAACUCAAAGAUGGUUGAAGGUCCGGGGUGCACAUUAAACGGAGAGAAAAUCCGUUCUAAAGUCCAAAAAGGACAGAAAUUGAAAGAGAUUAGAGGCAGUUUGACAACAUCCACCAAGAACAACUCCGAGGGAAAUGCUUUCCACAGUUUUUAUGGUUCUCAGUUCACCGGCGUUGAAACGCUGGGAAAGGAGCUCUUUAUGUACUUUGGUCCAAGAGCGUUGAGAGUCCACUUUGGUAUGAAUGGAUCAAUGCGUAUAAACCCUGCUGAGAGGAAGGAUAGGACAGGCUCCAUACCAGUGCUUGAAAUACACCUGACUAACGACAUUGUGUGCUUCUUUGACAGCACUGUGGAAAUAAGGAUGACAGAGGACUGUGAGCAACGGGUGAGGGCUAUUGAGAGUCUGGAUGUGUGCUCCUCCAAGUUCAGCUUCUCCCGCUCUGAGGAGGCAGUGAGGAGCCAAAGUAGCAGGAUGCUCAGUGAUGUUCUACUAGACCAGGCCGUCAUGCCGGGAGUCGGCAACAUCAUUAAAAACGAAGCCCUGUUUGACUCGGGCCUCCACCCAGCCAUGAAGGUUCAGCAGCUGACAGACGAGCAGAUCCACCACUUGGUGAAGAUGACGCGUGAUUUCACUCUUCUGUUUUAUAAGUGUCGCAAAUCUGGCUCUCCUCUCUACAAACAUUACAAAGUCUACAAGCGUCCCCAGUGCGGCCAGUGCUUUCAUGUCAUCACAGUCUGUCGUCUUGGAGACAACGGCAGGAUGACUUACUUCUGCGAACGCUGUCAGAAGGGAGAUCCCAGCGGGCUUGACAUCAGUAAGCUCCCAGUCAGAAACAGUCUGAUUGGCUGGGCCUACAAUGAGAGAACCAAUGAUAAUGUGGCUAAGAAGGAGGAAGAGGACUGGGCCUGUCAACUCUGCACACUCAUCAACCAGUCAGAAGCAAAAGCCUGUGAUGCCUGCCUCACUCCAAGACCUGAGGUCCACAAAGAAGACAUCAGCACUGAAGCAUCAGCCUUCACAGCUGAUUUGAUUAAAUACCCCUGCACUGCCUUUAAGAAGCCACAAGAGGAGCUCAAAGUCAACUGGAGGUCUGCAUUUGGAACUUCCACCCUUGUUUUCUCUGACUUGAGCAAGAAGCCAAAGCAUGUAAACUCCCCGCUCUCCCCAGCCGGCAGUCAUUUGAAUUCCUUGGCGGCAGAGCGAGGUUCAUAUAAAUACAGCGUCUGCCAAGGGACAACAAGCCCCAAUUAUGCCUCUGGUGGCUGGCAGAAGCAAAGUGCUGAGCUCUCCAAUGGGGAAUCACUGGCCUCCUACAGUCACCCAUCCAAGAAAAUGAGAAUUGAUCACAGUCCUUUUGCCAGUAACAAUGCUCAAAAUGGAACCCCCAACUCACGUACGCACAAAAUAGCAGCGACAAGCCGCAGCUCCUCCAUUUCUUCCAGUCCCAGUGCCCCUUGUUGUGCAUCCCAUCGUCGUCCAGCUGUCCUCAGAGUGGUCAACAAAGAGGGGGAGAAUAAGGGACGACAGUUCUACGCCUGCUCGCUCCCCAGAGAGACCAAGUGUAACUUCUUCGAGUGGGCUGACUUGCACUUCCCUUUUUGUCACCACGAGAAACGCUGUUUAAUGAGGACAGUUCUGAAACUAGGACCAAACAAUGGCCGGAAUUUCUACACCUGCAGCUUUCAAAAGGGUAAACAGUGUGACUUUUUCCAGUGGGCAGAGAAUGGACCAGUGGUAUCCAUCCUCCCUGGUUGUUAAUGUGUUUUGGCAAUGCAUUACUUCUAAAUGAAACCCUGAUGCCUAUAUGUUCAUAUAAAUAAAUGGAUAUAGAAAGGGACACGAUAACUCAUCAUUAUCUCCGUGAAAUACGCAGAUUUGUACUGAACUAGACAUUUAAUGGAGAAUAUCUUAUCAACCGUAUGACCUUCAGAUCAUGCCCAACCACUUGAUUGUACAAAAAUGUUUUACUUAAUGUGUCUAUUUGCAUUUGAUUUGUAUCAUGUCCUAUCAAUGUCCAUCUUUUAAAGAUGUAUGUUUCAAAGUUAUCAUGAGAAAGAAAAGUGUGAAAAAUAAAGAAUAUAAAGUCUAAACAUUUUUUAAAUUACAUUUUAUUUAUGACUUAAAACCAAAAUCAUCAGCAUAAAAAUACAGUAUGGAGACUGUUAAAUUAAGCAUAUAAAAGAGCUGCAGAUAAUCGUACACCAUUUAAAAGCAGUCCACAGAUUUCAGGAGUGGUGUGUCUGACUUGGAGUUUGACACCAUGUAGUGGAACUGAGAGAAGCCAGGGACUUUGUUACAGGCCGCACCUUAGGAGAUUAAAGAGAAAACAAAUAAACACUACAGGUGAAACAAAACUUUUACCCACUUCUCAUUAAGGCCCCAUUUAAUUCUGGUAUAUAAAAUGUGAUCUGUACAUAGGUCUGCCAUUCGAAUGCUAAUAGGUCUGAUCACAUCUCCUUUAUUACACCUGUUCAUCUACAUGUACUUAAUGUCUGCAUCCAGUGGAGACUGGAUGUCAAACUUCAGAUCAUAAGACUAACUUUAAUGAAAUGUAACUUUAAUUAAACUGGGUUCUUAACUGUAUGGUUAAAAUUUUGAACAAAAAGUUGACAAAUGUACCUUUUAAUUUCAGACCUUUUUAAGGCUGUACUGUACAUGUUCUACACUGGUCUCCUCAUGUUGUGUAAACAUGCCUCUGAAAACCCGUGAAAGUUAAUUAAAAUAUCACAAAAUUA